AUGUUGACCGACGGAGUCCCAUUUGACCAGGGCCGGUACGGUUAUCUCACCGACAUAACAGAUCUCACUCCACAAGAUCAGAUCACCGUGGCUCGGUUCGAAGAGGCCAAGAAGAAUUUUAUUUCCAGUGCUGAGGCAUUCCAGUCCUCAGAUGAGAACGCCCGGGCUUCCCAUGAAGAAGAAAAGAAUUCAGGCAUGACCGACAAGGGAUUUGUGGAGUGGGCUUUUCAGGACUAUCCAUCUUGGUUUCAAGCUGGUCAAGUAGUGCAAGCGAACGCCGCCCAGUUGCGUGGGGUUGGAAUUGAUGCCUAUGGACCGUCGUAUGGAGAGCAAGUCUCGACUGGAAUUCAGGAGCUACAGCGUGAAGGGUGGGAGAAGUUUGGCGGGGUUCCUACAAGCUUGUACUUGCUGUAG